UGGAAUUAUGAGCUAAUAACGGUAAAUAGAAGUGGCAUGUAUGAGGAAUUGCGAAUCUUUCCUGCGCGUCUUUAUCGGGUCGUCGGCAAGUAAGAUGUCUUGUUACUGACGGCGUUAUGACACAUCAUUUAUGACUCAUUAACAGGCAGAUUUUUUGAAGCACAGACACCACAAGUAUAAACCGGGAAUAGAUUAAUAAAGUGAAGGUGGCUACAAACAAAUCUAGGUUCUUCUUCAUUUGGUAUUCAGACUGUAAUUACUCAUUUUAAUUGUUUAUUAUGGGUCCGCAUAUUCGCGCAGUAGAAGAAGGUUACGUAAAACUCGAUAAAAACAAGAGUGUAUCAAAGGCUAUAAGAAACAAAAAGAUGAAAAUACGCUGUCGCAAGUGCUUCUGUAGCCCGUGCACGGUGGCAUUAUUGAUCGUUUUUUGUUGGAUCAUCUGGUUCUUGCUAUGGAUAUACGCAAUAGAUGACGCUGAGAAAUACGGAAAAUUGGUGACAUUGUCGAUGGAAGUGUCGAAUCGAAGAGGUGCGUUUUGCCUUGACGGAUCACCGCCUGGUUACUAUAUAAGAAAAGCUGGAGAGGGGAGCGAAUCUUCGUGGGUAAUUUUUCUGGAAGGGGGUGACUGGUGUUGGAAUGUUACUGACUGUUACGAUCGAAGUCACACCACACUUGGUUCCACUGCUUUCGGACCAGAAAAGGUAGAAUUCAAUGGCAUAUUAUCCAACGAUAGAAUCAGUAAUCCUGAUUUCUACAACUGGAAUGCAGUGAUGAUUAAAUACUGUGACGGAGGCUCAUUUUCUGGUAAUCUAUCGUUUCCUGUAAGUUUUAAAAACAAAAACAUCUAUCUGAGAGGCAUCCGUAUACUUGAUACGGUAAUGAAACACUUGAAGGAAUCAGAGGGUCUGGACUCGGCAACAGAGGUGAUAUUCGGCGGUACCGCAAGUGGAGGAUUAGCUGUAUUUGCUCAUGCAGAUCACAUCCGCCAAAAGUUCGACCCUAGUGUAAAGUUCCAUGCUUUGGCGGACGGGGGCUACCUACCGAUGAUAAGGAACUCAUCUAACUACCAAAAUUUCAUGGUUUCGCUUCAAAGAGUUUAUAAUCUUCAUCAGGUUUUAACAGGCUCACUUAACAAGGCGUGUUUGGCAUCGAAGGCUCAAAGCGAAGCAAUGUGGCAGUGUUUCUUUCCAGAAUUCGUCUAUCCACACAUCCAGUCAAAGAUAUUCGUCCUCGAUUCUAUGUACAAUUCUUGGGCCAUGUGGUACAUCUUGAAUAUGCGUUGUCAUCCGUCCAAAUGCAAGAGCGAACAGGCCAAUCUCAAUCGGUACCAAAGCGAAUUUCUUCAUCUCCUCUCACCUAUAGAAGCUUCCAAAAAGGACGGCAUGUAUGUGACGUCUUGCUUUGUGGAAAGCCAGGCGUCUGAGGACACACUAUGGAAUAAGAACGUAUUUGACGACCAGUCUCCUCAACAGGCAUUCCACAAGUGGUACUUCAGUUCUGCAAAAAGUGUCCAAUCCAAACAUAUCGAUUGCCAAGAUAAAUUCAAUUGUAACCCGCAGUGUGACUGGAGUACAUAUGCUUUCAACAAAAUCGAACGAAAAUACAAGAAGAAAGAUUUCUUCGUGAUGUAGAUAAAGUUCCUGCAGUUUUCUGAGUAGAUUUCUUGACUGUAAUGAUUAAUAUGCCGGUAACCGAUCCACAGGGGCGGAUCAACAAUUUUUCAAACGAGGGGGGGGGGGGCACACAACAGUUUCAGAAUAGAUAAGUGAGUAGCGCAUAACAUUAGUAUGCAUUGAAUUUUUUAAGAUUUAGUGGCAAAACGGGGGAACGGGCACGUGCCCCCAUGUCCCCUACCACGAUCCGUCCCUGGAUCUAAGUUUCGAGACACAUCACGCCCUUGUUAAUUAACUGGAGUCUCACAUUCAUUUUUAUCUGGUUUUUGUAUAAUAGUUUUUUAUAUAUAAUUUCGUUAUGUUUUUAGCAUUAUAUAGGCCUAUUGGUAACUUCUUCAUGAGCUGUUUGAAGGCAUUUUAGGUAUUCAUACUUUUUGAUCUAGGAAUGUGGACCAAAGGAAUAUUAAAUGUCAAUAACGCAAUAAAUGAGCUGUCACGGACUAAAACCAGAAGUCUUGUACCUAAAGCACCAGAAAUAAUGGGCAUUUUUGCUAGGAUGCAUAGAUCAAACAAUUGGCCGAGAGGAGGGUCAAAUUAUUGUUCAUUAUUAUUCCUUUUGAAAUUAUUUUCAUAUCGUAUAAUUUCAAAUUAAUUAGCCAGUCUCUAUAAUAUUUAUCAGUCUAUGGUUCAUCAUCAUCAUUGUCCUCAUCAUCAACAUUACCAUCAUUAUCCAUCAUCAUCAUAGGGCUCCUUUUUCAGAUGGGCUACUUUUCGAGAUGGGUUUCUUUUCGAGAUUAUUUUUGCAAAGUAAAAUGAAUGCUGUAAAUUUUGUGAAUUUGUACAAUUUAACAAUAAAUAAGGUCAGUGUAACAUCUAUCUGUACUAUGGAGUGUAUUUAACUGGCAUUAAAUCACCUAAACUAAUGUAUA